AUGGGAGCUCGUCAAUCGUAUCUCUACUUAUAUUUAAAUUCUAAGGAUAAGGAAUAUGACGAAUCAGUAUGCAAGGUUGAGUUUAAGAAAUCUGUAGUUAAAGGUUGCAUCGACUUUGAAGUUGUAACUUACACAAUCAAAUAUAAUGGAAAGGAUCCUACAAGUUUUGAUAUUUACAUAUAUGACAGUAAAGAAACGGUUUAUAAUGGUUAUUACAUCUUUGGUUAUUGUUCCCCUAGAACACAUCAAGUUGCCAAUAAAGUUGAAGUAUACUAUUCUGUUUUAGCACCAGACAAGCCAUUAGUCAUAUCUUUUGUUACUGAAAGUACCAAUCCUUAUAACUGCGAUUUUGAUAAAUUGAAAAAUGCCAGAUGGGAUUGGGCCGCUUAUAUAACCGAAUAUUUAAUUAAGGGCGAUAUUCUUGACUACUUAAAGGAAAAGUACAAGAAGUUGAAUCUGAAUAAGACAAUAGAAUUAGUGGAUGGAAAUAAGGAAACGAAAGAUGUUAAAGGAUUUAAACAGGAGAUAGGCGAAGAAAACAAGGACUACAGAAUUAUUUACAUACCAAACGGCAAAGAAUCAGUUUUGAAUAGUAACUGUUUAUUUAGUUCCGAAACUAAAUUUGAUGAUAAAAAUAAACAGGCUAUAGUUCAAAAUGGUUGUAAAGACCCAUCAGCUAAAGGUGUUAAAAAUCAAAUUGAUCCUUAUUAUCUAACAUCUGUUAAAGGUCAAUUUUUCGAUGGAAUUAUUGUAUACUUUGCUCGAGACGAAGGAAAGAAAGAUAGUUCGCCUAAUGAACACCACGAUAAAAGUACGGCUUUAUAUUUGGAGUUCAUUGAUUUGCGCAAGAAAGAUAUAUGCUUUCAGAGAAAGGAUAAAGCCGGUUGUUGUUGGGUUGAGGAAAAAAUCGAGUAUGAUAACGAUUCUAAACUUUUAGAAUCGUUAAAAAAGAUAAAUGACAAUAUCAAAGAAGAGGUAAACACAGUAAUUAUUGAUAAUAAGAAUGGAUAUAAUGGUGUUACUGUUAAACCUGAGGAUGGUAAAACUGCAUACAAGAAAUACACUUACACAUUUGAAAAAGAGAAUAAACUUUACUUCAUAUUCGGAAGAAAAGAAUCUGAAAUUCCUAAGAUAAACGAAGGUUCGCUUAAAACAAGUAAAGUUGAAGUAUAUUUCUUGAAAAUCAAAGGUAGAGAGGAUGAACAGCCAUUUUUAAUCUCGUUUGAAUAUAAAGAAUCACCUGAAAAAACUAAAGCUUACCACUUCAAAUACGGCUUCGGAUUUGAGGGCUGGAUAGAGUUUGAAGUUAAAAAAAAAGAUGAGAAACAAACACAAGAAGAUUUAAAAAAAGAAAUAAAAAAUAAGUUGGAUGAAAUAGAAGGUAAUGGAUCAUGUUCUACGGAUUUACAUACACUACAAUUCAUGGCUUAUCAAAUACUAACAACGGAUAAACCUCCGCCUGCUCCCGCAGCUCCACCACCGAAAAAAGAGAACAGACCGGAUUUAUAUGUGCCAGAUCCAACAACUCAACCUCCCAAUUGGUGGUUGAUCAUAGGAUGUAGUGUAGGAGGGUUUCUCUUACUAGUGGCUUUGGUUGUUGGUUAUUGUAUCUAUUGGUACAACACAACCAUCAAACUCUUGACAUAG